AUGCCACCUAGACGCUCUCAUGUAUCUAAAACUAAUUUAAAGAAAUCUGUAUCCAAUUCUUAUCGCUGUCUGAAAAAAAAUCAACCCAAUUUAUAUAACUAUCCUACCCAAAGCUAUAGUUAUGAUAAAUUUAUUUCCUCUUUUCCUGUAAAAAUUAACGAGUCUAGUACAGGAUUUUCAGCAUUUAUCAAAAUGGCACCCAUCUUAAAUGUAAUGACUAAAAAAAAUCAAGACAGAUAUGCUCAGUGGCAUUUGGUCAGCAUUAAAGCCAUUUUAAGUUGUGAAUUGGACGAAACUGAAGGAAAAAAAAUCUGUAGCUUGUAUAGUGUUCUAGACCGAAAUAAAAAUAGAUUGACUCAAACUUUAUUCAAUCAUUUGCUUGCUUGUAAUGGAGUUAAAGCACAUAAAAUAUUUAAUAAUGCUCAUCACAAUUAUGUUGCUGAAGAAAUCCAAUAG